CGGCGCUGGAGGCUUGUCUGCAGCAGAAGCCGGAGCCGAGCAUCCCUGCACCCCCGGGGCUGCCUCCCGCCGGGAAUGCCCGCUCGCCAGGGUGUACUUGGAUAUGAGGCACUGAAAAAGAGCAAUACACCCAACUACUCACCUUGCACAUUUUACUGUAUACCAUGGAGACUAAGGAAGAGAAGAAGGAGCGGAGACAGGGUUAUUUUUCUCGGUUAAAAAAGAAAAAGCAAACCAAACAAAAUGCAGAAGCUGCUUCCAAGACUCAGGCUGGGAAAGAUGAUGCAAGUAAAGUCAUCUUGGAGCAAAUCAGUUCUUCUGAAGACAACUGCAAGUUUGUUGUGGAAAAGGAGUGCGUCCCUGACAAAGAGAAGAAAAAGAAAAAAUAUAAUCAACUAAAAGAUAUCAGACGCACAGAGCUCAAGAGAUAUUAUCAUACUGAUGACAAUCAAAACAAAACCAAUGAAAAGAAAGAGAAAAAAAUGGUUUCUCAGAAACCCCAUGGUACUGUGGAAUAUACUGCUGGAAUUCAGGACACCCUAAAUAGCAUAGCACUGAAGUUUAACAUUACUCCAAACAAACUUGUGGAACUCAAUAAACUGUUCACACACACAAUUGUUCCAGGACAGGUUCUAUAUGUACCUGAUACUGACCACCAUUUCAGUGCUGCUAGGUUUCCUUCUUCCAGUCCUGGUGCCACUGUUUCUCCUUCCUCAUCGGAUGCCGAAUAUGACAAACUUCCUGAUGCUGACUUGGCAAGAAAGGCCUUCAAGCCAAUUGAAAGAGUCUUGUCUUCUACCUCUGAAGAGGAUGAACCAGUUAUUGUCAAAUUUUUAAAAAUGAACUGUCGUUACUUCACGGAUGGUAAGGGUGUAGUUGGGGGUGUCAUGAUAGUGACUCCAAACAACAUCAUGUUUGACCCACAUAAGUCGGAUCCUCUGGUAAUUGAGAAUGGUUGUGAAGAGUAUGGGCUCAUUUGCCCCAUGGAAGAGGUUGUCUCGAUAGCGCUCUACAAUGAUAUCUCCCACAUGAAGAUUAAAGAUGCCCUGCCAUCUGACAUACCAAAGGAUCUUUGUCCUCUGUACAGGCCAGGAGAGUGGGAAGAUCUUUCCUCUGAGAAAGAUAUCAACCCUUUCAGCAAGUUCAAGUCCCUUAACAAAGAGAAGAGGCAGCAGAACGGAGAUGACUCCAGUGCACUAGAUGCCAAAACAAUAAAACCAUCAGAUGAGGAGAAGCCUACUGAUUUUGAACUGCUCAAAUCUCCUGAGAGUACUAUUUCAGUUAGGAGUAAGUCACUGGAACCUCUCAAGGCUGUUACCUCCAUUAAAGCAUCUGAAAGAUCUGCAGAAAUGCAUAUAAAGGAGCCUUUUGGAGAAAAAGCUUCUUCAGAAUCCAAAACCAAAGAAAAUUCCUUUCUGGGAGGAGAUGAAGGUUUUGUUGAACUGGAGGGGACCCCACCUCAAACAGAUGGUGAAUUGGACAGAAAGGAUGGAGCAAUGGAAAGUUUUCCUAUUGACUCUAAGGGGAUGAGUAAAGCAAAGUUGCAAGUAACCCAAUCUGUUUCAGAAGUCCAGGAGCAUUUGACAUUUGAUUUGUCUGAAACAAAGAACAAUGUUAAACCCAAAGCUGACCUAGAUUUAGAACUGUGUGAGAAACAAGAUGUUGUGCCAGAAGUAAACAAAUGUGCCGGUUCCCCAACAACUAAGGUGGAGACUACAGUGGACACACAGAAGGAUCUAGAGAAGGACAAACUUAUAGAAUUUUACCUUGGUAAAGACAAAGAUGGGUCACAGUCUUCUGAAGAUUUGCAUAAAGCUAAAAUGCAUGAAGAUGAAAAUAAUAAAGCAGUUGGCAUAGACCUCACACUUAACUGUUCAGACUCCCAAGCCAAUGGUCCUUGUACAGUUAUACAUACAGAGUCUGAUUCCAGUUGCACUGAAAGGAAAGAGUCUUCGUUGGAAGUCAGCUCAGCUGCAGCAGAAGAAAAGGAUCUUAAAAAGUCUGUGGAUUCUCUCUUAGUAUCACCAGUGGACAAGACCUGCCAGGAAACACAGUUAGACAAUAAAGCAGAAAUCAGACUGUGGCUGUUGCAGAAAAUUCAGGUGCCAAUUGAAGAUAUGCUACCUUCAAAAGAGGAGAAAAGCAAGACCCCUCCGAUGUUUCUGUGUAUCAAAGUGGGAAAGCCCAUGAGAAAGUCUUUUGUUACACAGAGCACAACUAUGGCACAGCAGUAUGGUAAAAAGAUUAAGCAGCCAGAGUACUGGUUUGCCGUUCCUCGGGAAAGGGUAGAUCAUCUUUAUACAUUUUUUGUUCAGUGGUCACCAGAAGUAUAUGGGAAAGAUGCCAAAGAGCAAGGUUUUGUAGUGGUGGAAAAGGAGGAACUUGAUAUGAUAGACAACUUCUUCAGUGAGCCAACAACUAAAAGUUGGGAGAUUAUUACUGUGGAAGAAGCAAAACGUCGAAAGAGCACCUGCAGUUACUAUGAGGAAGAUGAUGAUGAGACUUUACCCAUCCUAAAACAUCACAGUGCACUCCUAGAGAAUAUGCACAUAGAGCAGCUUGCCCGGCGCCUGCCAGCAAGAGUGCAGGGAUAUCCAUGGCGGCUUGUAUAUAGCACGUUAGAGCAUGGAACCAGCCUGAAAACAUUGUACCGUAAAUCAUCAUCACUUGACAGUCCAGUCCUCCUUGUCAUCAAAGACAUGGAUAACCAGAUAUUUGGAGCAUAUGCAACACAUCCCUUCAGGUUCAGUGAUCAUUAUUAUGGCACAGGCGAAACUUUCUUGUACACUUUUAGUCCGAAUUUCAAGAUAUUUAAGUGGAGUGGAGAAAAUACCUACUUUAUCAAUGGAGACAUGAGCUCUCUAGAACUUGGAGGAGGAGGUGGUCGAUUUGGAUUAUGGCUAGAUGCUGACUUAUAUCAUGGGCGAAGCAACUCCUGCAGCACCUUCAAUAAUGACAUCUUAUCUAAGAAAGAAGAUUUCAUAAUACAGGAUGUGGAAGUAUGGACAUUUGAGUGAAAUACUGACUGCCUUAGAGACUGGAUUCUUUGAGUGCCCCUAGGAUGCUGAAACUAGAUCCUAAGUGCAGGCUGCCUCAUGCUUACACGCUUUCUUUCUGAAACUGUAUCAGAGCAUGACUACAUACAAGUAAAAUCUGAGAGCCAGUUUUUAAGAGGCAGAAAUGGACAGAACAAUAAGAGGACCAUUUUGUGUUAUUCUUUUUACUCCCUUCCCUCCAGUACUCCUUCAGAGAAAGAUGGUUAUGAAGACAUUCAUAGUGUUUGAGUUGUUAAAACAGGUUUGUUUUUUUUAUUUUCUGUAACUGUGAAAAAUAUGCUGUGGGAAUAUAUAUAUAUAGAGAGAGAGAGAAAGAGAGUACAUUCCAUGUGUAUUUAUGUUCAACAUAAGUGCUAACCAAAAAUAAAACGUUUCAUUACCAAAAUCUGCAGAAUAUUGUUUGCCAUGAAAAAGAUGGUCAUCUAAUCAAACAGAUGUACACAGCACUUAAAGGGAACAUACUUUUAAAAACAUAUUAUUUAUUGUUGUAUAGUAGAUUUUUUUGAAAUGUAUUAAGUAUGGCUUUUUUUUUCUUUUAAUGUUUAAAAAAAUAGAAUUUGAUUUAAAAAUACAGUUGAGGUAGGUUUCUUAUGUGUUGGAAACAUUAAUUUGAUUUCAUAACAUUAAUUUCAUAUUUAAUUUUUUUAAUUUUGUAAAUGAAGCUUUGUUUUUAUUUUGCCCUAAUUUAGGGUUUUUUUUGGCAGAAACACUUGAGUGCAUAAUUCUGAUGUUCUCUAAGAUGUGAGAGGUAGUUGUCAGUGCUCAUUAUUGAGUCUGCUACCAUAUUCCUAUUAAUUUUAUAUUUUGGAACUAUACGGGGCAAGUUCCAACUUGGUGUUAACCCAUCACAGUCCCAUGUAAGUCAACAGAGUUCUGACAGUUUGCACUAACAGAAGAUCUGCCCAGGUAUAAUUUUUACUCCUUAUGAUAGAAACGUGUAUGGAACUGUGGGUGGUUCUUUUAAAUCACUCAGUAGGGGCAGUACAAAAACUGGGUCACUUUCAUGAAUGCUGCCUUACAAAUUGCUUAAAGAAAAACUUUUUUCCUACCUCCCCUUGAGGGGAAAAAUGAAUCUGAGGAAAGUGGGAAGGAAUGCUCCUUUUUCAACAGGCCAGGUCAUGCUGGUGUCUUACCUGUUUUCUCAUAAAUCAUAAAUGGUUUCCUUCCCAAAAAAGGCUUGACGCAACAGGAUUUUGCAAGCAGCUAAUUACUUCCUGUUUGGUUUUAAUGAAAUGACAUUUACCAGUAAAUAAGGACAAAUAUUUUUUUUCUUGUAGGCUGUUUCAUUUAUGAAAGGUGCAGCUGAGCUCUUAUCAAGUUAGCGUUACAAGACGUCAGUAGAUGGGAAACUAGGAAAGGGAGCAGAAAGAAAAAAGAAUCUGCAUUUUUAUGCUAUUGGACCACUUCUGCCUUAUCACAAAAAUACAUCUGUGUUUAAACAAAGAACCCUAAGCCCACAAUGGCAGAAUGCUGGACUUGAUAGAAUGCUGUCCUGUUCUUAGAGUUAAAAGCAAAAUAUGACAAGGAUGUGUUGUCUUCAAUUAAUCACAUUUAAAAAAAAAAAAGAUUUUAGAGAUGGUGUUUUGCUUCCAUGGUUUAAAAAUUACAGUGUAUUCUAGGACUAUUAGUACAGCUUCAUUUAGGUACUGCUUUUCCCUCCUUUUUUUAAUAAUGCAGAAGAAAAAAGGGAACUACUUAAAUACCAAGUGGUUUUCUUUUAUAAACAUCAGCAAUUCAUAAUUCUACACCAGAUUCCAUGUAGUUAUGAAUUAACGUUGUACAGCUGGAAGUCUGAAACACACUGCACGUAAGCUUUUAACACCGUUUUCUGCCACUUGGUCUAAUAGCCAUAAAUAAGGUUCUAACUGAUUUUGCUCUAAAUUAUACUGGAAGCUGCUAAUAAAAUACUGCUCUGAGAGGCACCAGGAAUGUCUAAUAAAGUUUGCUGUUGUUACCAGUGGCAAAUCACUUACUAGUUACAAAUGGGAAGUUUGACAUUUUACAUAAUUUCGCUAUUGUUACCUACAGUUUAUUCCAUUAUAUUAUACUUGUCAGAUCAUAUCUAAACGCUGUGUUCUAUAUUCAAAGCAGUGUUGUUCAAUCAAAAUUCUGUGGCCCUUUAAACUAUGGAUAUUGAAUAUAUGUAAUGCAGUUCUAUCACAAUAUUUUCAAUAAAGGAAUUUAUGCAUUCAGA